CAUUCGGCACCAAGGCAACGCAAGACAGGGGCGGGGCUAAGCAAGUGACAGCACAAAAACUUUGUUAGCUUCUGGCUAACUUCGUCUGUUUAGCGAUGUUACGAGCUUGAAACAGCACACCUUAAAUCCAAGAAAAGAUGGACUGUGGUGGAGUGGAUGAUGGAGACCUGUGCAAACUGUCCAGCUCAAUGCUGAUGAACAACAAAAAUGACUUCAGAGCACGACUACAACAGUUUGUGGAGGAGAGGAUGCAGACCACCAUGCUCACCGGAGUGCUGAUUGGAGCUGCAGUUGCUGUCUCACUGAUCGGGAUUGUGGUGCUCUUCCUUUACAGGAGAUUCAAACUUGCUCGUGAGCAACAGCCUGGUGUACCUCACUAUCGCUUCAGAAAGCGAGAUAAAGUGCUCUUCUAUGGAAGGAAGAUAAUGCGAAAGGUCCAGACGCUAUCCUCGAUCCCUCCUUCCUCCUCUACCUCGGUGUCGAAGCAACCGCAACGCAUACGCAAAAGAACCAAAGUGUUGAGCAUAGCUCGCAAAAUCCUGCGGAUCCGUAAAGACCCUCCCACUCUGCAGCCCAAGGAACCCCCUCCCUCCUUGCUAGAGGCUGACUUAACAGAGUUUGAUGUACAGAGUUCAAACUUGCCUUCUGAAGUCCUCUAUAUGCUUAAAAAUGUCAGGGUCUUGGGCCAUUUUGAGAAGCCCCUGUUUCUGGAGCUGUGUCGCCACAUGGUGUUUAUUGAGCUGCAGGAAGGUGAAGGUUUAUUCAAGCCAGGAGAUGAUGAUGACAGCAUCUUCGUGGUCCAGGAUGGACGACUUGAGCUCUGCAUCCAAGAGAACGAUGGGACAGAACCAGUGGUGAAAGACGUGCACCCGGGAGACAGCGUCCACAGUCUGCUCAGUAUUCUGGACAUUAUCACUGGUUAUCCAGCUCCAUACAAGACUGUAUCAGCACGGGCUGCAACUCGCUCCACCAUCUUGCGUUUACCUGCAUCAGCCUUUGAGUCGGUGUUUAAGAAAUACCCAGAAACACUUGUGCGCGUCAUUCAGAUAAUCAUGGUGCGCCUCCAAAGAGUCACCUUUUUGGCAUUACAUAACUAUCUGGGCCUAACAACUGAGCUCUUCAAUCCGGAAAGUCAGGCUGUGCCCUUGACCAAUAUAAACAACGUGUUGGGAGAAGCAAAUUCAGGAAAGAUGACUCGCCGUCUCCACUUCCAGGAUGAAUUACCUGCUGGCACCACUGAGUGCCCUGCAGAGACAGAUGGUGUAAAGGACAGCCCUUCAAACAGCUCCAGGAAGCUGCGAUCCAUCUCGAUGCCCACCGACUGCGCUGGUAAUGACCUGAACAUGGCAUGCGAACGAGCUCGAGUCACUAUAGAUGAGGCUCCACCGAGUCCCGUCACUCAGAAAUCCAGUCUGAAGAAGAGUGUGACAAUGCAGCACACACCCUCUGAAGUGUUUCACUACACAGACAGUGGAGGGCACUCUGAUGCCAUCUACCUCAGUAAGAGCAGCACCAUCCUUCAGGCUGCCAAGAAGGACCUGCUGGGAAUCAUCCAACUGCAGGACCCCACUCUACUUGAGGGCAGAGUUACCCUUCACCACGUCAAAGCUGGUUCUGUGGUAGCUCGUCAAGGAGACCAGGAGGUGAGCAUCCAGUUUGUUAUUUCUGGCCUCCUCCAUGUUUACCAGCGGAUGAUUGACCGUGAAGAAGAGACACGCCUGUUUUUGACACAUCCUGGAGAGCUGGUUGGUCACCUUGCUGUCCUGACCGGAGAGCCUCUCAUAUUCACCGUUCGAGCCCAGCGAGACUGCAGCUUCCUGUCUAUCUCCAAAACCCACUUCUACGAGAUAAUGCGUGUGGAACCGAAAGUAGUGCUGAAUGUGGCUCACACUGUGGUGAGGAGGAUGUCCUCUUUUGUAAGACAGAUAGACUUUGCUCUUGACUGGAUGGCUGUGGAAGCUGGCAGGGCUGUUUACAGGCAAGAAGAGAAAUCAGACAGUACUUUCAUUGUGCUGAGUGGUCGACUGCGCUCUGUAAUCAUGAAGGAGGAUGGCAAGAAGGAGUUGAUAGGAGAGUACGGACGUGGAGACCUGAUUGGAGUGGUGGAGGCUCUGACACAUCAGAACAGAGCCACUACCGUGCACGCAGUCCGAGACUCAGAGCUGGCCAAGCUACCAGAAGGAGCUCUCAGCUCCAUCAAAAGGAAGUUCCCACAGGUUGUCACCAGGUUAAUCCACCUUCUUGGACAGAAGAUCCUCCAGCAAGUCAAUGGUCCUUUGACAGCUCGCAGUUUGGCCCUUCACACUCCAGGAAGUAAGUGGGAUGCUGGCAACCAAGCCUCCAACCUGUCUACUGUGGCGGUCCUGCCUGUAUCAGAAGAGGUGCCACUGACUGCCUUCACCCUGGAACUGCAGCAUGCACUCAUUGCAAUAGGUCCAACUCUUCUGCUGACCAGUGAAAUUAUCAAACAGCGCCUUGGAGCUGCAGCACUGGACAGUGUGCAUGAGUACCGUCUGUCCAGCUGGCUGGGCCAACAAGAGGACAUCCAUCGCAUAGUUCUCUACCAGACUGACUCCACGCUGACCCCGUGGACUCAGCGGUGCAUCCGUCAGGCUGACUGCAUCAUUAUCGUAGGACUGGGGGAGCAGGACCCCGCUGUUGGGGAGCUGGAGCGUAUGUUGGAGGGAAGUGCAGUUCGUGCCCAGAAGCAGCUGGUGCUGCUGCACAGAGAAGACGGACCCCCACCCAAAGGAACUGUGAACUGGCUCAACAUGCGAAGCUGGAUCUCCAGACACCUCCACCUCUCUUGUCCCCGAAGGGUCUUCUCCAAGCGGAGCCUGCCCAAACUGUUGGAGCUGUAUCAUCGGGUGUUUGAGAAGCCAGCAGACCGUCACUCUGACUUCUCCCGUCUGGCUCGAGUUCUCACAGGCAACGCUAUUGCUCUCAUCCUGGGAGGAGGAGGGGCCAGGGGAUGUUCCCAGGUGGGAAUAAUGCGGGCGCUCUGUGAGGCUGGCAUCCCGGUGGACCUCAUUGGUGGCACUUCAAUCGGUUCCCUGAUGGGGGCACUAUAUGCUGAGGACCGCAGCCACAGCCGCAUGAGGAUGAGGGCCAGAGAAUGGGCAAUGGAAAUGACUUCAGUUUUUAAGAAGGUUCUGGAUUUGACAUAUCCAGUCACCUCCAUGUUUUCUGGUGCUGCCUUCAACUCAGGCAUCAGCAACGUCUUCAAAAGCAAACAGAUUGAGGACCUUUGGAUCCCAUAUUUCAAUAUCACUACUGACAUCACUGCCUCAACCAUGAGAGUACAUACUGAUGGUUCUCUGUGGCGGUACGUUCGUGCCAGCAUGUCUCUGUCAGGAUAUCUGCCUCCUCUCUGUGACCCCAAAGAUGGACACCUGCUGAUGGAUGGAGGCUACAUCAACAACCUGCCUGCUGAUGUGGCGCGCUCCAUGGGGGCCAAAGUGGUGAUUGCUAUUGACGUGGGCAGUCGGGAUGAAACCAACCUAACUAAUUAUGGCGACUCACUCUCAGGCUGGUGGCUGCUAUGGAAACGCCUCAACCCCCUAGCUGAGAAAGUAAAGGUGCUGAACAUGGCAGAGAUUCAGACUCGGUUAGCCUACGUGUGCUGUGUGAGGCAGCUGGAGUCAGUGAAGAACAGCGACUACUGCGAGUAUAUCAGACCUCCAAUCGACAGAUACCGCACUUUGGAGUUUGGCAAAUUUGACGAGAUUGCUGAGGUGGGAUACCAGCAUGGCAAGACUGUGUUCGAUGUGUGGAGUCGCAGUGGUGUGGUGGAGAAAAUGCUGAAAGACAGACACCAAGAGGAGUUCCACAACACCCAGAGCAAGAACAAUGUGGUGACGUGUCCUAAUGCUUCCUUCACUGAUCUGGCAGAAAUUGUGUCCCGCAUCGAGCCUGUCAAACCCGCCGUGGCGGACGAAGAGUCAGACUACCACACCGACUACGAAGAGGAGGCACUGGAGAGCGCUCUGUCUGACAUGGAGAUGUACAAUCGCUAUGGAGAGCACACUGAAGAGGAGGAGACCGCUGACACGGAUGAAGAGUUGGACGGGGGACGUCCACGCCCCAUUACCUCGCUCACCAGCUGCCACCCUCCGUUUACCGCCGUCCCUGGCAGGCCGCUGGAAGAGCCGUCAAACCUUCAAGUCCUUUCCAAACAGUCCAUUAAGUGAAGACCCGUCUAAUGAGCUCUGCUUGAACAGGUCAUCACUGUUUGACCUGCCUGUCUUUGCCCACAUUUCACCCUCCAGUCUGUCCCACAUGCAAACUGCUCUCGAGUGACAGCGAUUACCAUUCUGACCUCUGUAACCCGGCCUCGUUAGCGGUGUGGCUGACGUAACUAAUGGACAGUCCCUUUAAAAAAAAAGAAAGAAUACAUACUGUAGAUGCUAGAUGCAUUUAAUAUGCAUCCAGCACCUAUAUAUUCCCAGUUUAUAGAGCAGCCGCUGGUCUAAUCAUUUCUCAUAUUGAGAUGAUUUCUUGUAGCUUCACAUGAAUCACACCAGUCUAGUGGAAGAUAAAAGCAACACUGGUGAGGCAAUACUAUUUCCAUGAAAUAUUCAUUACUUGGACCCAGGUGAAAGCUAUGAAUUCUGACUGAUUGUAUUUUGGUUUGAGAAAAUUUAACCAGAUUUGAGGUAGUUGAACGUUACAAAACAUGUAUUUCUUCACUCCUCUGUUGUGUAAACACACAGAUUGCUUUGGUAUGAGGUUACUAAGUUUUGACACAUCCGUCUGAGAUCUGCGCCACAUGCACUGUUAAAACGUUACGUAAAAAAUUCAACACACGAGAAGAUGAAAGGGGUGUGAAAGAAAAAUUUACAAAAAAAUUAGAAGCAUUUUUCUGUCAAAAUCUGCCCUUUCUAUUUGGAUAUAAACAUCUGUGCAGACCAAUGUAAUGCUUCAAAUGAAAUCACUAAUUGGCUGAAUCGCUCACACCUACUGCCUACAGUACUGCUAUAACCUGUAAUGAGGGGUCACAUACUGAAUCUCCAGGUCCCUUUGAGCCAGAAACAUUGGUUAAGUAGAAAGUAGAUCAAUGCAAGCUGUUGACAGUGACAUCUGUGGAUGAUCUGAUCAGAGACUCGUUUUCCACUAGUUUCAUCACCACAAAUAAAAAGCCUUUCACCUCUCGUGUAUUUGCAGUGGCAGAAAUCUCAGAAACUGACGUGUUAGUAUUGUUACAUUAAGAAAAACUUGGAAAAAAUGUAAACUUAUCCUUUAAUGCUGUUCCUGAGCUGGGAGUUACUACCCAGGGGUUCGCAGGAACAGUGCUUAAAUCACUUAAUAUGAACUAAAAUCAUAUUAAGAUGCCACCAAAAACCCAGUUCUGAGUGCUCAUUUUUGCAGAAAUUUAUCACCACAACAUAAGUAAAACAAAUAGGGUUGUAUUUUCCUCGAGACUCCACUGCCAAUGCUCGUUUUCAAGAAAUCCCACCAGUAAUGGAGACAUUCCCUGCAACUUAUGGGACACUUACAGCACAAGCAAUGCACCGAUGUUGUCAACCGCUCUGCAGGCGGUGAACUCUGACCGUCCCCUCUUCCCUUCCCACUAAACCAGUAGUUUUUUUAUUACACACUCAUAUGGUGCUACUUAAUUUUCAGCAAAUUGUGAACCAUCUAAAAACAAAUGCCAGUUGCAUGUGACAGUUGAAUCUGGACUUGAUUAAUGCAAAAAAAUGUGCCCCUUUUUAAUAAACUGAACUUUAAAAUCGCUGACUGUGGCACGAGGCGCCCCUAAACUUUCAUCCUAAAAAGGAGGUCACAGUCCUAAAAGGUUAAGGACCACUGCUUUAAUGCUUUGUUCUCUCAUUUCUAUGUAAUGAUCCUCACCAAGGUUUGCUUGCCAAACAAAACUAAUUUAAAAACAGAAAGGGAGCAAAGCAAGCAGCGUGCUCCGCGGCCAUGGCUGUCAGCACAGUUUUGUCGUAACCAGCAUGCCAGGGACAUGGAGGGAAGUAAUGAUUCCAAUCCACUUCAAAGCACUAGUUUCCCUCUCGGCUGGCGCUAGAGUCCCCCCAUCUGUUUUCUGGCUUGAAUCUAUCCCAGACUGGGCAGCAGACAGUGCAGAUCUUUUGAGUGAACUCUGAGGCUCAACUGGUCUCGGUACAGUUUAUGCACCGAAGCUAUCGCAGGAACGUGUCGUAACACAAAUCAUUUGGCUUGUCAAGCAGUGUUUCUGAUUUCAUUUCCAGUGAUUUGGAUCUAAUUUGAUUUUGAAAUUGAAAAUACUUAGCAACUGUAUGCCAUUGAAACUGUCAGAUAUAUUUCAUAUACAUAUAUUAUAUUCAAAAUAUAUCUAAUAUUUAAGCCCUCGAUGAUUAUAUGCACAACUUACAUGAGCCGGACAAUCAUUCCAGAAAUGCAAUUCAAUGCACAAUACUAAUAACAAAUUAAUCGUUAUAUCGGUUUGAUUAAAAUGCCUCAUAUAACAUUUCCAUAGAGUUAGCUUAAUCUCAGUCCCGAUUUGGGCUGGAACUAACAAUUGAUUAAUGUGAUGAUUAUUUGUUCAAUUAAUACAUUAAUCUUUGGUAUUUAAAAUGCCAGAAAAUGGUGAAAUGGUGAAAAUUAACCACAUAAAAUGUAAAAAUUGUACUUUUCUGUUUGAACAACAGUCCAGAACCCAAAGAAAUUCCCAUUACUUACAUUUUAUUAAAAAGGAAAAGAAACAAAUGUAACAACAAUGCAACAAGUACCUAUCCAUACUAUCAAUACUAGAUUUUUGAGCCAGGUUCCAGAUAGAUAGAAGGCUUGAAAAACGAAAUAACACCACAUACAAGGGAUUAACUAAAAAAACAGGCUCAAUAAAUACAUUGUGUAUCACAUUUUACAGCAGAAACAUAAACUUGUCAAUGCUUUCUAAUGGAAAAACUUUCCGUACUGUCAUUUUUUUGUUACUUACUGGUCACACACAUCACAAUACCAAUGUUUCUGCAGUAUCAGGUGUCAGGUUUUUAUGAUUUUGUUUCCUUCAAGUCAGUGUAGCACCUCGUGACCCUCCCUGCAUGAAGCUGUGAUCUUGGUAAAUCCCGGUGCUACAGCGCCUGCAGCCUUACAUGUGGAGACAGAAAGAGAAAAGCUGUGAUAAACACUACGGGGCUCCCAUAUGGUGUUGGUUAAACGGAGUCUGGACAGAGAAUGUGUGAGCAAACCGGCGAUGGGAGAACGUUCGCUGCUUACCAAUGAGGCGGUGGUGCUGGUGCUGGUGUUUUCUGUUUGUAAAGGUGGAGCUUGUGGUUCCAAUCCAAUGCACUGUUUUGGUCAAAUUUAGUAAAUAUCUCCUCAUGGUGGGCAGCUGUUUGUCCUGCGCGUGAUCCAGUAUUUGCACACAGCCCUGUUUUUUUUUUUAUUGGGAAACCCAUAAAGUGGCUUCACACAACACUAUUCCAGUACAUGUUGAUGCUUUUCCACCAGACUGGCGGAAAUGGAAAUGAGAGGAACAGACAUUCUGGCUCAUGCCAACUCUCUAAACAUCAGCAGUCUUUCUCCCGAAUCACAAACUCCACCUUUAAACUGAGCGCAAUGAAUUUACGUUGUCAGGCAGAACGAACGUUUCACUACUUUAUUAAAUGGGACACAGUAAUGGAUGAAGCGCUGAUGUAAUGUGUGGAAUUGUGCCAUCAAGUUAAUGCAAUGAAGCCUUAGAUGAACCGUGAGGAGAAAAAAAAACAACAACCACUCGUGCCGUCAUUCAGAUUUUUUUUUGUACAAUGAGGAAGUUUACCAAUAAGCCUGUAACACGACUUGUUUCUAUGAAUGUUUUUUUUUUUAUAAUAACCAGCUGUUAUUAAUAAACCACUAUUUGUUAGUGUAGUCUUUCCUUUAUAUCUUUGAUUAGAUUGCUGAUCAAGUUUCCAGAGUUCAAAACUGAUGUCGGCAAACAUGCAUCAAUAAAUAUCAAAUAAAAUAUCAGCUUGG